CCUCCAAUUGAUUAAAGUUUGCGAAAAGAUAAAGGGCAAAAAUAAUUAUUUAUAGAAGGUAGAAAACAGCCUGAAUAUGGGUCUGAAAAUGAACACAAUUGAGAUUGUUUUAUUCAUGUUGGUAGCGUCAAAUCUUUCAAACGCCCAAGUCUUUGACGUGACCAAAAAUGGUGCAAAUGCAAAAGUGGAUAUUACUCAGGCUUUGCUGAAAACUUGGAAACAAGCGUGUGCAACAAAGAGUCGAAGUCAAGUGUUGAUCCCAAAAGGGACAUUCAAAGUGAGCCAAGCAACUUUCCAGGGGCCAUGCAAGGCUCCUAUUGAGUUCAAUCUGCAAGGCACAUUGCUGGCCCCGGCGGUCGACGGCAAUUUCAAAGGCGGAGAUAGCUGGAUUUCUUUCGAACACAUCGACUCCCUCACCGUCACCGGCGGCGGAACCUUCAACGGCCAAGGCAAAACCGCUUGGGGCAAGACGUGCACCAGUAGUCAGUAUUGCGGCAACCUUCCCAUUAAUGUCAGAUUCAACUUCCUUACGAACUCAGUAGUCCAAUAUGUGACGUCGUUGGACAGCAAGCAAUUCCAUGUGAACGUUCUGGGGUGCAAGAACAUCACAUUCCAACAUUUCAAAGUCUCAGCCCCAGGUGACAGUCUCAACACGGACGGAAUCCACAUCGGUCGUUCAACCGACGUCAAAGUCCUCGACUCGAACAUCCAGACCGGCGACGACUGCAUCUCGAUUGGCGAGGGUAGCCAGCAGGUAACCAUCAACAAGGUUAACUGCGGACCUGGACACGGCAUUAGCAUAGGAAGUCUCGGAAUGUAUGCAAACGAAGAGGCCGUGAAAGGCGUGUUCGUCAAGAGCUGCACCCUCAAGAACACCCAGAACGGAGUCAGAAUCAAGACAUGGCCCGAUUCGCAACCGGGAACGGCUUCAGACAUGCACUUUGAGGACAUACAAUUGGAUAAUGUAGGCAAUCCGAUUGUAAUAGACCAAGAGUACUGUCCAUGGAACAAAUGCAACGCAAAGGUUUCAUCUAGAGUUAAGCUCAGCAAUAUCAGCUUCAAGAACAUUCGGGGAAGUUCUUCAACUGCUGUGGCUGUGAAGCUUGUUUGCAGCAAAGGCUAUCCAUGCCAAAAUGUGCAACUUUCGGAUAUUAAUCUUUCAUACAAAGGAAGCGAAGGCGCGAUCACGUCGGAGUGUAAGAACGUGAAGCCAAUAUUGUCUGGCAAAGAGAAUCCACGAGCAUGCAUUACCAGUGCUUAG